AUGGUAGGCGCUGGCCCAGCUCCAGUGCAAGGCCCGAGGCUGGACCGAGCUCCAGGUCGCCUAGCAACAGCACGGCUGCAGCCUGCUGCCCGGGGCAGGGGCGUCCCCAGCAGGUGGCGCUGUGGGGCCGGGGUGCCAGGGGUGCCGCGGGAGGCAGGGCUCUGUCCCCUGCCCAGAGAGGCCCCGGGGGCCUUCCCGCCCCUUCCCCAGCCUCGGAGCGCGGCGAGGCCCCCGCCGGGCGUCUCCUCCGGCCUUGCCUUCCCUCCCUCCCCAUUCCCAUUCCCCACGCGCAGCGCCUCCUCCGGGAAGCCGCCCCUGACCGCCGCUCCUCCCCCAGCCGCAGGCCAGCGCGGGGUCCGGCACUCUGCGCGGGGAGUGCACCGUUUGCAUUCUCCGUCUGGCCGCCAGGUGUCGGCCACGAAGCAUGGCCGCCAGCCCGGCGUACACAUUUACACGCGGCGCUGCAAGCCCAGGCAGACGCUGGGGCGCCCCGAUGCACGCACCGCGGGCACGCGCUUAUCUGCGCUCGCCAGCCAGCUGAAUUUCAGGGAACCUGACGCGCGGGUCCGCACUGAAUGGACGGAGGGGCCCAGGCGCGGGGGCUCCCUGGACCCCUCCCCCGUCAGCGGGCAGGGCGCCUCGGGCCGCGGCUGCCCACCACUGCCAGGAGCUGAGAGUGACCUAGGGACCCCCCAGCUACGGCGGGGGGCUGACAAGCCUGCGCCAGGCGACGCCCUGGAGCCCCUCCCCAGGGAACACCCCAGGCAGAACGGCCUUGGUGACUGCUCCCAGGGAGAGAACUCCUACAUGUCCCGCAGCGCCCUGCCUCCGAAGCCCCUCCCCCAGGAAGCUCCCCCGCUCCCCUGUCUGCUGAUCCGGGGCUCAGGGGACCUCUCCCUUCCCGCAGCCCCGGGGCGGCCGCCACUACACGGACGCACGCGCCCGGCCUCGGUCUCCCCCAUCAGUGGGCGGCUCCUUGGGGGUUCCCUGGGGUUCCACGGAUGGGGAAACCUAGGGCCCUUGAGGGACGGGCCCUGCCCACGGCGAGACUCCGCUGCUCGGUGGACCAAGGCAGACUCCGCAGCCACUAGACGUUGCCCCUCCCCCGCGGGGGAGGGGGCCGGGGUGCUGCGUCUGCCGCCCCCGCCCCGCUGCUCCGAGCACCAGGCCACAGCCCCGCGCCGGUGUCUCCAGGUGAAGCAGGUGGCACCGGUGUCCCCGAGACCCCGGGAAGUCCCCGUGGCUUCGAGCUCAGGAUGGACGUUCCCGGACGGGUCCUGCCCCACCCGGAGUCGCCUCGGAUGGCCGCAAGCCUCGCCCCCGCCGCAUCCCGCCCGUGCCCUUAAGGGACCCCCCCCCCCCCCCCCCCGCUCCACGCCCUCUGGCUGCCAGCGCUCCCCGGAGGACGCCGUGUCCCCGGCCGCGGUGGGGCACAGGGAGCGCGCCCCUGACAGGUGUUUCGCUUUGCGCACGGCUGGGCGGCGCCUUAGCGGCUGGGGAGGGGCCCCGCUGUCCCUGCUCCCACCCUCCAGGGCGGCGCACGUGGGGGUCCGAAGCGGCAGAGGCGCGCGCGCCCCGUCGGCCCCGGGCCACCCCCGCCGGACCCCGGCGCAGGACAGGGGCCUGCGCGCACGGCGGACCUGCCGCCCCCGACCCCACCCUCACUCGCCCGCCCGCCCCAGACUGGGAGCCGAGCCACGGGGUCCCCGCAGUCCGCACCCCCAGCCCCGUGUGCGGGCCGGGCCGUCCGCUCGCGCCGCUCCCUGCGCGCCCCCUUGCUCACCUGCCGGGGCGCGGGGCUGCCCGUCAGUGGUGGCCGCGCUGGCCCCAGCCCCUGCCCCUGCCGCCGCGACCGCCAUCCGGGCCGCAUGGGCCCGCAGCGCCUGGGGAGACCCGGGCCAGAGGGGGCGGCCGCUGCGGGUGCGCGGUGCGGCCCGGCCCAGGCGGCCCCCGGGCUCGCUCAGCCGCGGGCUGCGGCCAUCCCGGCCCGGCGGGGGCGCGGGCGGAGGCGGCAGCGUGAGGCCGGGCUCAGGCGGAGUCGCUGCAGGCCGAGACAGGGCCGCACACCAGGGUGCCCGCUGCCCGCCCCUCCCCUCCUGUGGGCCCGGGACCUCACACUCCCCGCUGCCGGCGUCCAGGGACUCCGGGCGUCCUCUCAGGGCCUGCGCUGAGGGGAGUCCAGGGUGGAAGCGUCUGAGCCCACCGGGGCUCUGGGAGCAGAACCGGAAGCUGAACUCCGCCGCAACAGGAAGAGGAUCCCCGAGGGUCUGCCCUGUUGCCGUGGCGCGCCUGAUUCCACAGUCACAGAGGCCGCACGACGUCACAGAGGAUGUACCCAAUCAGCAUCGUCCCUAG